AAGCAGUCUGGCGUAAGUGUAACAGCCUAAAUAUGAGUGAUGCAAAUAUAUCUCUUCACCAAGUCUGAUGAUACCCGCCAGCCUGCGCAUGCUUUCUCUCUGUUUCUAGACUCUAAAGACGUUCAAAACAGAAGUCAAAUCUGUUUCCGCGUGUGUAGCAAAGAAGCGUAAGUAAAAUAUCGUGACUACGAUUGUAAAGGAAUGUAGGAAUGCGAAUUUGACUGACAGCGCGCAAAAAACGCCCACAUACGCGCCCGCGCCCUCAAGUGCCGCGCGCGCACGCGGUGGACAGUCAGUCAGUGCGAAGAUGCUGCCGGUGAGUUUACGCGCGGAUCAGAUGAUCGGUUGUCCUGUGAUAUGGAGACCGUGGGAUCUCUCAAUCAGACAGACACAAUUUAAUAAAAUGAUUUCUAGACGUCCGAGCAGAGUUCGGGUGCCUGAAGAAGCGUUUCAUCAUCCAGUGAGGCUGUUCCUGCCCAGAUCCAGAAUGCAGGAAUAUCUGUCUCAUCUCGGCAGAAAGGUUUUGGCCAGUUUUCCAGUUCAGGCAACGCUUCACUUUUAUAAUGAUGAAGAUUCUGAGGAUGAAAGCGACGGCACACAUUCUGAUUGAAGACUCGGAACUCAACAAACGCAACAUGAGCUGAAACAAAGGGGAUGAAGCGUACAGCCUUCAGGAAGCACAUCAGUGUUUAGGAAACAUGUAUGUUACAGACCAACAGGUCCGGUCACGAGAGACCCAUCAAAGAGAAACUCACAUUUGACCCGAGGAAGACCUUUCUUCACUACAUCAUGUCAUGUUCAGAUCUUAUAUUGGCAAAUGUUAGGUGUUAUGCUGUUGAAAGCA